AUGACUGAUACAACAUUAUUAGCUAAAGCGCGGAAAGCUAGAUUCGAUGAUCUACCAAAUUUUUCUGGACAUUCUUCUGAGGAUGUCGAACGUUUUUUAAAAAGCAUUAAAAAUAUUACAAAGGCUAACGAUGAAUCAGAAAAUCAUGAAAUCCUCGAAAUCGUUCGUGGGAAAUUAAUUCAAUCAGCAGGAUUAUGGUUCGAUAAUCAUGAACAUGAAUUUAAAAAAUGGUCAGAUUUCGAAACUGCAUUUCGAAAUCGUUAUUUUUCAUCCACAAUGAUUCAUAAAAAAUUUGAUUUAUUAAAACAACGAAAACAAUUAGAUAACGAACCAGUUACAUCGUAUUUUGAUGAUGUCGUUAAUCUAUGUAAAGAAAUUGAUCCAACUAUGUCAGAACAAAUUAUGAUUAAACAUUUGAUGAGUGGAAUUAAUCCUGAUUUUCAGAAAGAACUUUCUCGGCGUGAAUCAUCUAUGAAUACAUUAAAUGAAUUUUUAAAAUAUGCUAAAAUCGAACAAGAUUUAUAUGAUACAUUUGAAAAAUUUCAUCGAUUAUCAAUAGGGUCUACAAAAACAAAUUUUGAAUUUAAUCAUCAACAAAUUCCUUCAUUGACCAAUAUGAUUGAACGACCAAAACAACAAUAUCAAUUUAUGAAUAAAAUUAAUCCUUAUUCACAUUCAUUUACAACACAGAGAUCCGAUUGUAAACGGAACUCGAAUUAUCAAUAUGAACCUCGAUCAACAUUUACACCUGAUAAAAACAUUCAACAUAAUUCACACAAACAUGAAUUUAAAUAUAAAAAUUAUGUUAAUAAUCAAUUUAGAUCACAACAAUCAUUUAAACAAUGUAGGAUAUGUGGGCGACAAAAUCAUCGAACAAUUGAUUGUUUUUAUAAACAAACAAAUGGAUGUUUUAACUGUGGUCAAGAUCAUACUGUUCGUGAUUGUACAAUGCCUCCAAGUUUUCAAUAA